GAGUGUGCAGGAAAGGCAUUGUGACUGCCAGCAGAGCUCCUCAUGGCACUGCUGAAGUCUGUGCCAAAGGGAACAUGACAGCUGACACUGCCCCUGUUAUCCAACGUGGGACCAAUGUCACCCUGUCCUGUCACCUGGGAGUCCUGCACAGCUCCGGGGGGUGCAGGACACUGAUUUUCCUCAACAACUCUGAACAAGUUAAGAGUCAUGGGUAUUCAGUAAGCAAAACCUUUCUAGUCCAUAGCUAUGGCAAACACACCUUUACCUGCAAAACUCUGUGUGAAGAAAAGAAAAAGCUCAUUUGUGGAAUCGAUAUCCAGUGUGGAAAUCCUCCAGAUGAGCCAAGAAAUGUGUCAUGUAUCCAGUAUGGGACAGAUGGAUAUCCCACCUGCACCUGGGCUAAAGGCAACCUCACCUACAUUCACACUAUGUAUGUAAUUCGACUAUCAAAUGGAACAGAUGACUUGCACAUUUCAGAAGAAAGUGUGAAUCAAACCUUUGGCUCAGUGGCUCUGAGCAAGUUGAAUUUUGACUCCAAUUACACCAUUGUGGUUACUGCCUCCAAUAAGUUAGGAAGUGCUUCCUCACAGCCACUCAACUUCACGUUGAUGGACAUAGUGAAGCCACAUCCUCCUGACUUCUCAGUGGAAUUUGACAAUACUUCUGCAACCAACUGCACCCUGUUUUGGCAUGAUGAAGCACCAGCACAGCACUACAGGCUGAGAUAUCGUCCCCUCACCAGGAGCUCCUGGAGCAUGAUUGAAAGCUUCAGCAGUGAAAAAUACCAUCUGCAUGGGCUGGAGCCUUACACAGCCUAUGAGUUCCAGGCGAGCUGUAAGAUUCAUCCUGAGCAAGGGCUGUGGAGUGACUGGAGAACAUUCCAAACCUGCUCUCCAGAAGGAGUGCCAACUGGGAUCCUGGAUGUCUGGUACCAGCAGCAGGAUGUGAGCUCUCAGCAGCAGAAUAUCUCACUCUUCUGGAAGGCUUUGAGCAAGUCAGAGGCAGGAGGAAGAAUCCUGAGGUACACGGUGACCUUGGAAGCUCUGGACCAUGGGAAACUCCCAGCAGAAUCACACCAGACCACCCAAACCAGCUACUCCCUAGUCACACCCAGGGUGAACUAUAGCAUAAUAGUUACUGCUGAGAACUCCCGGGGCAGGUCCCCCCCUGCAUCCAUCCGGACCCACCAGGGCAUCCUCGAUCUACCUCCUCCGCAGCAAGUCUCUGCAGGGCACAUGGACAACAGCAGUAUCCUGGUCAGAUGGAGACCUCCCAUCAGGUCCUCUGUGCCCAUCAGUGGCUACGUGGUGGAGUGGGCAGAGACACAGAGGAACCCACACGUGGAGCCACAACACAGCUGGGUGAAGCUUCCACCAUCCAACUGGUCUGCAGUGAUAGCAGAGCACAUCAAAGACAACAUGUGCUACCAGAUCCAUGUGUUUGCUCUCUAUCAGGGCAGAGCUGGAGAGGUGACAUCACUCAGGGGAUACUCCACAGCUCAAGCACCAUCAGCUGGGCCCCAGGUGUACAUGACACCAUGGACAAACGGUGUCUUGGUCUCCUGGGAGGAAAUCCCUGUUGAACAGCAAAGAGGCUGCAUCACUGCCUACCGUGUGUACCUGCAGAGGCAGGAUAAGCAGGGAGACCCUUGGGUCUAUGCCACUGUCAAUGCAACCUCCCCACGCUCUCUGCACCUCACAGACCUGCAGCCUGGAGAGCACUACGACCUGUGGGUGACAGCAGCAACGGAUGCUGGCGAGGGGCCCAAGGGCAACAGCCAGCAGGUCUGCCUGGAAGGUGCUGAGGGCUGGGUCACUGUGGUGCUUACCUGCAGCUUCUUCAUCUUCUCAGCCUGUGUUUGUUCUGUGCCUCCAGCAAGAAAAGGAUUCCACUCUCUCCUCUCUAAUCUCCUGCCCCAGUGGGAGAGCAAAUCCAUUCCUGACCCAGCUAAUGCCAUGUGUGCCAAGACCUUCAUGGCUACCAAGGUGGAGCCAAGCUCACCCUCCAGCCUGUUCCUGCCCACUGCUGGCAGCUUUGAAGAGCCUGAACCAACCCUGGUGGAAGAAGCUUUCAUGCAGUCCAAUCUCACAGUCCCUGGGGACAAGCUCCUCGUGGGCAGUGCUGGCAGCAGGGGACAUGGGGACUGGUCACAGGAGAGCAGCUCUGGGCUGGACACAGGGUAUGAGCCACUCCUCAGUGCAGCAGAUGGAGAGGGAUAUGAGCAGCAGCUUCCUGACCUCUACCAGAGGAUGGUGGUGGAGGAGAUGGAGCACACAAACGCUGUGUCUGAGUACAUCACCAACCCUGUCAGUGACACAGCCAUCACGUACCUGCCCCUGGUUACAGACACUGCCAGUGACCACCCUGAGCUGGAGUGCAACCCACUUUCCAUCUUCCCAAACACCUUUCUGACACCUGCCCUUUGCUAUGAAGGGAAUUUGACUUUGGAUAGAGUGAAAAUCAACUGCAGCUCCUUCACAAG